AUGGAGCAGAUUUGUGCCGCAUUGGAGCCACAGUUUCCUUGUCGCGAGACAGCCAUAACAACAUUGGCGCAGCUUAUAGGCGACUGCGAUGAAGCUUAUCCAGCAGCUAUAUACAUAUAUGGUCACAGCGGUACGGGAAAAACAGCGAUCACCAAAGCAUUUUUGCAACAAUGCCACAAGCAACAAAACGUUCAAAUAGCACAGCUAAAUGCCAUAGAAUGCUAUACAACCAAAAUACUAUUGGAAACUGUCUUGGACGCACUGGCGCCACAACAGGGGGAACUGGAGAUACGAGCUGACAAUAUGCUAGAAUUUGUGGAGCAACUGCGUCGUUGGCAAAGGACUAAAACGAAUGGGUUUCUUAUAGCCAUCGACAACGCUGAGCGUCUGCGCGAUAUGGAUGCUAAUGUAUUGCCAGUGCUGCUGCGUCUGCAAGAAUUAAGCGGCAUCAAUAUCUGCGUGAUCUUGCUCUCGCAGCUGCCUUUUGAGAAGUAUUACAACAAAACAGGAUUAAGUGAGAUUAUGACAGUGCAUUUGGCGCAAUACAACAAAGCAGAGACGCAGCGCAUACUUGGAAGCGACUUUUUACAAAUGCAGCAACGUCUGCUGCGUCAACAGCAGCUGACAGACGACGAGCACCGCUUGCAGCUUUGUAAACAGGCGUUAACUGCUGAAUUUUACAACAACUAUUUAAAUCUAUUUCUAAGCGUUUUCUAUAAAGCGUGUCGAGACUUACCAGAACUGCAGUUGACGGCGCGCAAGUGCUUUGACAUUUAUGUGCAACCCGUGCUAGACGGCAGUAUAGAGUCUACAGAUGUAUCACGAUUGUGGCGUCAUAUAGCAGGUCCACUGCGUGCGGCAUUAACACAGAUCUACAUGCGCAUAGAAAAACCGCUGGGGGAGCCAGAGCUUGUAGAGCAAAGCGUGCGUCAGCUAGCGCAGUCCUUGGAGCUGCCAUAUUAUGGGAAAUAUUUGCUCAUAGCUGCAUUCUUGGCUAGCCACAACUCGGCCAAGCAGGACAAGCGUCUAUUUGUUAAGCAUCAUGGCAAACAGCGCAAGCGUAUGCAAAGCGUCAACGCAAAAGCCAAGACGGUGGAGAAAAUGUCCACCACUCUGGGUCCCAAGUCCUUUAGCAUUGAUCGCUUGCUGGCAAUUUUCUACGCGAUUUUGGAUGAGAAAGUAGGUCUCACUUGCAACUUGCUCUCCCAAAUCUCUACGUUGGUGCAUCUGAAGUUGCUCUGCUUUGUCUCUGGUGAAAAUAAUAUAAUGGAUGGCUCUGCCAAACUUCAGUGUACAGUGGGCCUCGAGUUUGUUUUGCACAUAGGCAAAGUUGUGGGAUUCAAUGUGCGUCAGUACUUAUGCGAUUUUAUGUAGUUUUGUAAGAUUUUAAUAAUU